GUCAAUUCUAAUGUAAUUCCCAAAGACUAUGCAAAUGUUGAUAGUAUGCUACUUAUACUAAUAAUUGCAUUAGAUAUACAUCUGACACAUCUGAAUUUGCCUCUCUGAAAUUUUUAGCUGUAGGUCAAAAUGAAGACAAUUUUCGUUCAACCCCUGAGGAACACGACAAAGAAAGAAAAGAAAAAUGUUACAAAAGUUAAUCCUGACGUAUUUCAAAUUUCGAAGGAUCAGAAUAAAAAGCUUCCCGAUCCCGAGGUUGUUGAAGUCCCUACAGUUGAUAUGGUAUGUAAGAAGGAUUGCACUGAUGAAGGGGGCGUACAGGAACUGUGGAAUGACUUCCGGGACAAUACAACUAUGCAUGGCUUGAAGAACGCCAAUCUGAAACAGCGGUACAGACUGAGAUGUUGCAUUUGGGCCGUGGCAUUGCUUGCUAUGGGAAGUUUUCUGGUUUACACCACCUAUGAACAAUUCACCGCUUACUUCAAGUACACAACCUUAACGAAUACACAAGUGCAAGCACGGAGCACUAUACAGUUCCCAGCUGUUACGCUCUGCAGUGUUUCAUCAUUGAAAAAGGAGAACCUCCCUAAUAUCUCCGACCUCGAGUAUUAUUUUUUGACCGAAAGUGUGAUCGGUCCGUUUUUUCCAAAAUUAGAUUUGAACAAACCGGAAUACGCCGACUAUCGACUUCCCCGAAAUGCAUCAUGGGUCCGGGACACAGCCAAUCCGAUUGAAGACCUGUUUCUUUUCUGUUUCUUUGAGGGAGAGGAUGAAGAAUGUAAAAAGGUCAUGAAACCAACCGUGACAAAACUGGGAGUAUGCUACACAUUCAACAGUCGGGAGCACGUGAAAGAAAAUGGUCAUACGGUGACGUCACGUACCGGAAGCACCUCUGGUCUUCGAUUGUACCUCUGGGUUAAUCAAACGAGUUUUGUAUUCAACGACAUCAUGGCAGCAGGAAUAAAGGUUGUUAUCCACGACCAGAAUGAGGAACCAGAUGUCGUGGACAAGGGGUUCAUGAUUUCUCCCGGAUUCUCUACCUUUGCUUCCAUUCAUAGAACGGAGUACCGCUAUUUGCCCAGUCCAUAUAAGGUUAACGGAGACCAAUUUUGCAUGGAUACAAAAUCUCCUGUUUACACCAAUCCGUUGACGUAUUAUGACGUAUACAGCCAAAGUGCGUGCAAAAUGGAAUGUAAACAAAAUCACGUGGUCAAAGCAUGCGGAUGCAAAUCGCCAUAUGAUAAAGGAAAUGACACAAUUUGUUCACUUGCCCAGAUGUCAACUUGUUAUAGAGUUGAAAGUGACAAGUUUGAUAAAAACGCCACUCGUCAGAAACUCUGCGACUGUCCAAUGGAAUGUGAGUACAGUGAUUACUACGCCCGGGUAUCUACCGGAUAUUUCCCCGCCAUCAAUUACCAGGCCGUUCUCGCGCAGAUGGGCUACACUAAUCUUCGAGACACUCACAUGGAAUUGGCAAUUUAUUUCGAGUCGCUAGGAGUUCUGACUGUGGAACAGGUGCCCGAAUACAGCUUUGGAGAUAUUGUGGGUAUUUUGGGUGGACAAAUGGGCAUCUUCCUUGGCGCCAGUCUGUUGACCCUGACGGAGUUGAUGGAGUUUGUCUUGCUGUCCUCACUUGUCGUUGGUAAAAAGGUUUACCACAAGGUCUCCCAGAAAUAACAACAGUGAAAUCAAUGGACACGACAGGAAAUAAUGUGGAUGACUCCGGAGGCUAUUCAUAGGCAUUCUAGAUCUAUGUAGAGCUUGAUUCCAGUAUCGAGUAUACAGUAAAAACUCAAAAUAUAUCUUAGUUUUUGGAUGAGUAUGGAGUUCAUGGUUUUUUUUGUUUUUGGGGUUUUUUUUUGGUUUUGUUUUGCCGGGGUGUGUGUGUGUAAACAGUGUCUUUGCAUCAUUGAUAUACACAUUAAGGAUUCAUGAUAAAAGUCAAAAUUACAUAUUUCUCAACGAAGAAGACACAUUCCAAAUAGUUCCUGCAAAUAUUGCAGAGUGUUUAAAGUGCGUUUGAUUGAAAAUAAAUAUUUUAUUCACUUUUCUGUGCAUUUAUUGCUUUAGAAUACAUUGUAUUUUGUUGUUUCACGUCACAAUUCACGUCUCACUCCCCUAGGAACCUGAUCCCACGUCUGGUAUGUUAAGGGGU